GAUUCCGACCUGCCUCGAUAUUGGUACUUCGGUCCCAGCUUCACAACUGAAACGACGAGAGCGGAUAAGUGCGUGAUUGUCUCGAACAUCUCACUAUAUUCAGCCUGGACACCUUGGUCCCAAGAGCACAGUCUUAAUGAUCCCGCGGCGUGUUGCGCGGGCAUCUCGAGCAUCAUGGACUCCGAGAACGAUUGCGUCACCUGCCCGGCUUGGUUUCGUUCAUAGCCAGAAAACGAACUUCAGAUACAUACCUUUACAGCACUGUCGUUAUCACUCCAAACAUGGAGAACCCCCAUCAAAUAAGAGCUUCGCCGAGACGAGGAGUGUCAUUGAUGAUUUCAAAAAAUCCAUGGUCUUUCCAGCCAGGACGCACGACUUCAACACGAUUAUUCAUGACACUGCCAGCGUAGUAGGCCAACGGGUGACUCUUCACGGCUAUCUAGGCACUCGUCGAGUUGCAUCCAGGAGUUUGAAGUUCUUGAACUUGCAUGACCCAAAGCAAGAAAACAUCAUUCAAGUCGUCGCAAACCUCACCCCUGCAGGAGAUAAGACUGGCGAAACCUCCAUAGCACUUCAUGAUAUAUCAGAACAUAGCCCUCUGGCUAUCACUGGGAUCGUCGUAGCCCGGCCAACGAGCACUAAGCAACCUGGUACGAAGAAGAAUGGCCCAGCGUCGCCGAACAAUCCUACUGGAGCAGAGAGUGUCGCAAGCAAGGGGGUGGAGAUACAACUCGAGAGCAUCCAUGUGCUGAAUGAGUUCCCUCCUGAUGUCAUCAUGUCAGCGGAUACAGUCUUCCCGUCAGAACAGCGGCACUUGCAAAUUCGCCGAUCGAACGACAUCCGCGACGCUCUUGCGUUCCGCAGCAAAGCCGCAGCCGUAGUCCGCAAUACACUUCUGUCGACCGAAGAUGAACCUCGCUGUGGAUUCACGGAGAUCGAGACUCCGCUCCUGUUCAAGUCGACGCCAGAAGGUGCGAGAGAAUUUCUGGUCCCCACCCGGGUCCCGGGAAUGGCAUAUGCUUUGCCCCAGAGCCCUCAGCAAUACAAGCAAAUUCUCAUGGCAAGCGGUAUCACUCGUUAUAUUCAGUUCGCGAAAUGCUUUCGCGACGAAGAUUUGCGCGCCGAUCGUCAACCAGAGUUCACCCAAAUUGAUAUGGAAAUGGCCUUUGCUCGUGGUCAAGAUGUCAUGGAUGUUGUCGAGACUUUGAUCCGCGCGCUAUGGGCGCAGUUGCUACAUAUCGACGUGCCUUCUAAAUUUAGGCGCAUGAAGUACGCAGAAGCAAUGGGGCGGUACGGAUCCGACAAGCCCGACUUACGUUUCGGCUCAGAAAUCUCUAGGAUAGAGUACAUGCUUCCUGUUGACCUGGUCCGAAAGAUCGGGCCCUUGGACGAUCCCAUCGUGGAGAUCAUGAAAUUCUCUGUGUCAGAUGAUCCUUCCACGACCUUCCAAUUUGUCGACUCUUUCAUGCGUUCUCCUGAGGCCGUUCCUUUCAUUCAGAACCCUCACGGUCAGCCGGGUAUGUUCUUCUAUGAUUCCCGCAAACCUCUCCAGGGCCUACAGCCCUUUGGCUUCGAAGCUGCCGAACAUCUUGAGGACCGUUUCGACUUGAAGGACGGCGACCUUCUCGUUCUCCAAGCACGACCCAAUGCUAAAUUCGCCGGCGGCUCCACGCCAAUCGGCAAUCUCCGCCUCGCGCUCCAGAAGGCCGCCAUCAGACAAAAUCUCCUUCCGCCCCUCUCCGGUUUCGAGUGGCUAUGGAUCAUCGAUUUCCCCCUCUUCACCCCCGUCGCCGCCGACGACGCCAGCGCAGAUCCUGGGCAAGGCGGCACCGCCGGCUUCGCUGCAACCCACCAUCCUUUCACCGCGCCGGCAACUCCCGAGGAUGUGGAUCUCCUUCUCACCGAUCCGACCGCCUGUACUGCAGACCAUUACGACCUGGUCGUGAACGGCGUCGAGCUCGGCGGUGGAUCCCGCCGAAUCCAUUCCGCCGCUCUGCAGCGCUUGGUCCUGCGGGAAGUGCUCCGCGUGCCGGAGACGCGCAUGGGCGAUUUCGAACACCUCCUUGAGGUUCUCCGGAGUAGUGGAUGCCCGCCACAUGCAGGAAUCGCGUUGGGAUUCGAUCGGUUGAUCGCGGUCAUGCUAGGGAAGGAGAGUGUAAGGGAUGUCAUCGCGUUCCCUAAAAGUGGAAGGGGAGAGGAUGCGUUGGUUAGGAGUCCGUCGAGGAUGACGGAGGAGCAGAUGGAGACUUAUCACUUGCGUGUGGUAGAAGCGGGAAAGAAGUGAAGGGUCAUGUAAAAACAGAAGAUGCGAAGAUGUGAGUUAGUCGCGGAGCAAUCUUGUAUAUUAGUCGUCUCUUUCAUCAUGGUUGCAUUAUCAACUAGACUAAUUAUCUCGUCGAGAAACAACCUCAUCAUCGCUCAUCAGUGUCGUGGGUCAUUCUCAUUCUCAUUCUCAUAAUCAUAUUCAUCACAAUCGUAUCCUUGACCUCCCAAGUGACAUA